AUGCGCGUGUAUGAGGACGGGUCGCUGGGGGAUAAGAUAACAAGACUCAAAGGAUUUGAGCUAAGCCCUUUGAAUAUUUUCAUUUCACAGGGCAUCCUCCCAAACGGGGUUGUUGCAGUCAAGAGGAUUCUGAACAACCACACAAUCGAUGAGAAGCUAUUUUAUCGUGAAGUGGACAGCCUGUUGAAUGUUAACCAUCAUAACAUAGUGCGAUUUCUCGGUUAUUGUGCUACUACAGAUCAGACAGCAAUAAAAAUUGAAGACGAAUUGAGGGGACUUGAGUGGGGCACGCGCUAUAAAUUAAUCAAAGACAUUUGCCAGGCUAUGAAUUAUCUGCACAUGGAAAAGCAUAUUAUCCAUAUGGAUCUAAAACCAGACAACAUUUUACUAGACGAUAAUAUGGUAGCAAAGGUUACUGAUUUUGGUUUAUCAAGACUGGAUGGGAAGUCUAAAACCAUGAGUGAAGCCCGCUGCGGAUCAUUUGGAUAUAUGGCUCCCGAAUACCUGCAUGCUGGGUGGAUGUCAGUAAGAUCUGACAUAUACAGCUUGGGGGUUAUUAUCAUUGAACUGGUGACGGGAUAUAAGGACAUCGCACAUGAUAAGUAUAAUGCAGUACUAAGAAGAUGGAGGCACAGAUUGAGGAAAUCAGGGAAGGAAACAUCCUUGAGUUACCAGCAAGAAAAUGACCCCUUCAGACGACCAUUUAUAGAUGAAAUACUACGUGAUAUCACUAAUGUGGAAGAUGCUGACUGCCAAAUUAGCAAAGCUACGGAAUCUACAGUUGGCCAGAUAUGCCCAUACACAGAAGAUGAUAUUCUUGGAAUAGAGCCGCUCCAGAUUUGUUUUCCUUUCAAACUUAAGAAGCAGAUAUCAAGCUCAUUUCAGCUAACCAACAAUACAGAUGCGUACAUUGUCUUCGAUAUCCUAACGAGCAGUCCCUUGCCAUACUCUAUACAGCCAAUGAAAGAUAUUGUGCCACCACAAUCCAAGCGUACCGUUAACAUAACUUUGCAAUCACAAGAGAAGGCUCCACGAGAUGUACUGCGUGCCAAUGAGUUCACCGUGCGGAGCGCCAAACUAAAUGGGCCCCUUGCAUGCGAGGAUAUAACUACAGAUAUGUUCAAUGAAAUGCCGGGUGACACGGUUGAUGAGGUGAAUUUGGAUGUUUUUUUUGACACAGAACUACAAAACAAGCCUCUUGAUGUCCUCCCGUCCAAGCUCCUAUUCCCCUUUCAACCCAAUAAGGUUGUCCCGUGCUCACUGAACAUAACAAACAACAGCAAUGAACCUGUGGUAUUUAUGCUUAUGGAGGAGGAAAUGAGCCAACACGUGGAGUGUUUCGUACGACUGCCACUGUAUGGCAUCAUACCAGCACAAUCCACUUGCACUCUUGUUGUGACAACACUGAAAAAAGAAAACCUUCCAGAAAAAAUAGAUAAUGACUUGGUCUUAAAGUACUGUAAAGCUUAUGAAUUCACAGAUCACCAUACAGGCGACACUGAAUAUAGCACGGAUUUUAGGCUCGCCAGGACGUUUGGAUCAGAUACAAUGCGUAGCGUCGCAUUGAAAGCUGCUUAUGUUGCACAAGGAGAGAUGACAUUCGUGAAUUUGGUGGCUACGGUUGAAGUAAAAAAUGCUGACCAGCUCACUACAAUUGUGUCCGUUCUAUUUGUUGCACGAAAGCAAUGGUUUUUAGUAUGGACAUCUGAUAGUUUGAUCCAUGUGUACAACUACAAAUCAGAAAUGCAAGAAAUCACGAGAUUCAGUCAUGAUAGAAGAUCAGGUCAUUCAUCCAACACAUCACUGGUCGUUCAUCCAAUACAUCCAUAUGUGUUGUCAUUAGCAGGUACUGAGAUAAAGGCCUGGGACUGGGACAAGGGCUGGGAGUGUAUACGAACUUUCAAAGACGGAAUAGGCCGCCAUGUGUUAAAUCAUAUCGCAAUUGACCCUACGGAUACCAACAGUUUUGCUGCUGCUUCCGAGAGUGGAGAAGUGAAGGUUUGGAAUUUUGAUUCUCCUGAACCUAAGUAUACUCUGUCAGGACACUCUAAACAAGUGAACUGCUUGUAUUUCUUCACACGUGAUGAUCAGCAGUGUUUGCUUACUGGCUCCAAUGAUAAGACCGCCAAGAUAUGGGACAUGCAGCAAAAGAUAUGUGUUAAAACCCUGGAAGGCUUCCUGUCUGAAGUCAUUUCUGUCAUUUCCCAUCCCAAUCUACCACUUCUAAUUACAGGUACAAGACAUGGUCCUUUUUAUCUGUGGAGUUCCAUUAACUUCAGGUGA